UGUCUCUCUGUGCGUGCCUGUCCUGACCUUCCUUUCUCUUCAUCACAACGAAUCUUCCCUACCACCCCUUCCCCUCCCUUUUUUCCAUCAGUCUCUAUCCUCCCCUCCCUUCCCUUUUUCUCCCCUUCCCUCCCCUUCCCCCGGACUACAUCCCCCAGGCGCCCCCAGACCCGGUGUUGCGCAUGCUUCCUGCUCCCCCCACCCCGUUCUUCCCCCUCCCUCCCUUCCACCUUCCCCCCUCCCCCGCGCCUCCUCUCCCGCAUCCCUCCAUCCCUCUGCCGCAGCCGCAUCGCCACCGCAGCCCUGGUACAGCCGAGCCCGGCCCAGGCCCUUGAUCCUACCCCUGUUUCGGCCAGGCUCGGUCCUCCUCCCCCUCCCCUGAGGAGCCCAGGUGGCUCAGGUACCCCUUAGUCCCCAGAUUCGGGGAACCCCUGCGCCCCCAGCCAGUGCCCCCUCACAGCUUGGGCAGGAGGGAGAGACGAGGAGGAGGAGGAGGAGCCGCCGCAAGAUGAAGGAUCGGACCCAGGAGCUGCGGAGUGCAAAAGACAGUGAUGAUGAAGAGGAGGUGGUACAUGUGGACCGGGAUCAUUUCAUGGAUGAGUUCUUCGAACAGGUGGAAGAGAUCCGAGGCUGUAUUGAAAAACUGUCUGAGGAUGUGGAGCAGGUGAAGAAACAGCACAGUGCCAUCUUGGCUGCCCCCAACCCCGAUGAAAAGACCAAACAGGAGCUAGAAGAUCUAACUGCAGACAUCAAGAAGACGGCCAACAAGGUUCGAUCCAAGUUGAAAGCAAUCGAGCAAAGCAUUGAGCAGGAGGAAGGACUGAACCGAUCUUCAGCUGACCUUCGUAUACGAAAGACCCAGCACUCCACACUGUCCCGGAAGUUCGUGGAGGUGAUGACUGAAUAUAAUGCAACGCAGUCCAAGUACCGAGACCGAUGCAAGGACCGGAUCCAGCGACAACUUGAGAUCACUGGAAGGACCACAACUAAUGAAGAGUUGGAGGAUAUGCUGGAGAGUGGAAAGCUGGCCAUCUUUACGGAUGAUAUCAAGAUGGACUCACAGAUGACCAAGCAGGCUCUGAAUGAGAUUGAGACAAGGCACAAUGAGAUCAUCAAACUGGAGACCAGCAUCCGGGAGCUUCAUGACAUGUUUGUAGACAUGGCUAUGCUUGUGGAAAGUCAGGGGGAGAUGAUUGACCGAAUUGAGUACAACGUGGAACACUCUGUGGAUUAUGUGGAGAGAGCUGUGUCCGACACCAAGAAAGCCGUGAAAUAUCAGAGCAAGGCCCGGAGGAAGAAAAUCAUGAUCAUCAUCUGCUGUGUGGUGCUGGGGGUGGUGCUUGCGUCGUCCAUCGGGGGGACGCUGGGCUUGUAGACCUAUCCCCUCACUCUGCCUAAGACCCCCUCGCCAGAAUGGGAGCAAUACCCCUCCCCCAUUGAUCCAUUGCCCCCCCCUCUGCUUCCCCCCCCCAACCCCUCCCUCCUUCCUCCACUCCAGUUUCAGCCCCUAAGAUUGGAUCCAGGCAGCCCCAUCCCUCCCCUUCAUCCCUUAUGUCAAAUUUCAGAGCCCCUUCCACCACCGCCAGUAAUGUGGCCCCGAGCAAUCUUCUCCCCACCCUACCUGCACCCUGGAGUGGGACCCACACGUCUCACGCUCCCCUCCGCAUGUAGAUUACAGCAGGCAUGAGCCCUCGCCACCCGCCUCUCCCCACACUGGCCUAGCACCAUGGGGGCCCACAUGCUGGCGAUGUGUAGGGUGGGCGUGUGUGUGCUUGGGUGUGUGUGUACGCUGGACCCCUCCCCACCCCCUCUACACCCCCCCAUCCCAUGUGUCUGCCUGUGGCCUGAGCUGUUGUAUACAUCGUGGUCGAGUGUAUUCCUCCAUCGAUCCCCACCGUGUUUGUCCAAUACAGAUUUUAGGGGCUCUGAGAGUGGGAGAAGGUGUGGGCACAUCCUCACAAGCACUGACAAGGUUUGUCUGAGAGACAGCUUCUGCACUCUCUCUCUCUCUCUCUCUCUCUCUCUCUCUCUCUCUCUCUCUCUCUCUCUCUCACACACACACACACACACACACACACACACACACACACACGACUGUCUGCUCAUAAAUUGUAGGUGACAUCCCGUGUGUGUCGCCCAGUUCAUUCACCCAGGAUGUACAUAGAUCACAGACCAGGCUGGUGUGUGCUUGGAUACACACACACAGAUGUAAAUAAUGUCACUUGGUUUGUAUAUAGAGACUCACUCAUUUCUUCCCCAUCCCGUGUAGGCAGUCAUGGGUCCGUGUGGACGCAUACCCCUUCCUGCUCUGUUUCCUCACGCAAUGUGUUAGAUACCUUUUGUGUUCCUUGUGUUGCCAGCCCUUGUCUCAGCAGUAUGAAGACUCACACACUCACACACACUCACGCACACUCACACACAAGUAUUCCUCUCAAUUAGAUGUAUAUAAGUUAUCUUUGCAUGUGUGCGCAUGCUCCCACACACAGCUCCUCCAGGGUGCGUGCGGAGUGUGGUUGUGUGUUCUCUCCAGGCAGAGCCCACUGCGUUGUGUAUAGAACAUCUGUUUGUGUGGGCACAGAGAUAUAUAUUUCUAUGACAUAGUUAUAUAUAUUUGCGUGUAUGUGUGUGUGUGACUCCAUGGUAUGUCUACAACGUGUUGCGUAUUACAUACACACGUCUAUGGAUCAGCACCGCCGUGUGUCCUGUAUGGGUUUGUGCGCAUCUGUGUCAGCUGAGAUCAUCCCCCUUCCCCGCUCCCCAGGUCUGUACAAGUUCUCGUGGAGACACAAGCAGAGACACAGAGACACGCAAAUGUUGUGCAAGCAGGCAUUUUGCCACCAGAUUGUAGAUUCUUCACACACACUCACACACACUCACACACACUCACACACACUCACACACACACACACACACACACACACAGAGCCAGAGUGCUAUACACACUGGGUCUGCGUCUAGCCUUCAUGCCGGUGCAUAGAGAGACACGGAAGGACCUCCCCUGGGGGACCGCAUAACACGUUCACAUGCGCUCACAUCCGCAGGUAUACGAAGCAUGCACAAGCAUGUCUCGUUUGUCCGAGGGAGCUUGGGGGAAACGAUGACAUAACCUCCAGUUCGGAGCCCGGUGGAGGGGGCAGCAGCCAAAGGCCUGGAAGCAGGAUUUCUUUCUGUCCCCGAGGCCCAGUUUUUGUUUUCUGGACCCAACGCCCGUCUUUCUCCCCACCGCGUGGCACCCGCCCUCCUUCUUGGGCUCGGCUGCCGUCCCGGGGAGCUCCCCGUGCCCUGAGAUGCACUCAGCCCACGCUCGAGCUCCAGAGUCGGCUUUCGAGCCAUGAAGCUAUUAAUUAGUUACUUCAUUUUGCUAAGCAUUUGUCUGCGUUGCAUCAGGACCGCAUUGCCCUGUGUAUGGGCCGCCUUUGUUCUGAGGCCGUGCCUGGAGCUGGCUCGGCGGGGCUGGGCGCCGGGCUGGGCCUUCCUCUCCCCCUUGCCCUCCCCUCUGCUCCCCGAGUGACGUGGGGGCUGGCCAGGAAGCAGCUGCUGCGCGGCCGACCCUUCGUCCUUGGGAUGCGGCGGGCGGCGUGGGGGUCAGGGGGAAGGUCUCCGUGCCUUCACUCAGGGCCUCGUUUAGACGGAAACAGCCGGGAGCUCCCGAUAGCUCAGCCUGGCUCUCUGCACCCAGGGGCCCCAUAGUCCACCCCUGGGUGGGGAGAGCCGGGCUGGACCUCCCUCAUGGUAGCAAUAAAUAAUUCCCUGGCCAGGACAGACCUGCCCUCUCAGGGAUGGGCAGCUCCGUGUGUGUGUGUGUGUGUGUGUGUGUGUGUGUGCUCACGUGUGGGUGUACAUUAGUACGUGUGUAUUCAUGUCUUUGUUAAGUGUGUACCUCAGCACACACACGCACACGCACACGCCACGUAUUUGCUCAGUAUGUCUCCAUUGCAUCAGGGCCGUAUUUCCAGGGACCUUUGGUCCACUGGCUGAGUUCUGCUCCCUCUGGCAGACUGUAAGGAUCCUCUCCAUGGUCACAUAUGGCUAUUUCAUCACACACUCGUCCCCUUGGGUCACGGACGUCAUUCAUUGCCUUGAGAUCUUUUCUCCAUAAAGUUGCACAAUUGCCCCGCCCCCACACACGCUCCUGGACACAUCUGGCCUUGGAGUGUGACUAACUUGGGAUUUUCCACACGGAAUAUCCACUCUAGGGGAAGCUGAUGCGUUCGUGAGCUCCGUACAUCCCACCACCUCUUUGUCACACCCAUGUGCAUCACCCACUCCCUUGUCGGCUCAGGUGUGUUCACGUAUGUAGAUGAUGGUGGCUGUGCCUGUGCCCAUAGAGGAUUCUCAGCCUCCAUCUUCCGCCUUCUCCCCCCGGUCAGGGGAGGCUCCUCUUUCUAGAAAUAGGCCGAGAGACUUCUCCACACAAAGUAUUGGCUCUCUAAACUCCUUUUCUCCCACCCGGGUCUCUUUGGAACCCUUCUGGCAGAGGCCUCUGUGGAAACCGAAUAACCCAAAGCCCUUUCUAGUGGGAGCCUCUCGGUCCUCACAGCCUUCUCCGCCCUCACCAUCCGCCCCUUUCAGACCCUGCUAAGGUCCUCAAGUCAGGAAGCCCAGACCAGCCUAGGACACACACACAUCCACGAGCACGUAUGGAAAGGAACCUUGCAGGGGAAAGAGUGCUGCAAUGCGCAUUCAGGAAGCCCCGGGUGCCAGUCUUGGCGCUGGCACUCAGACUGUGUGACUCUGGGCACGUCUCUUCCCUUCUCCCUCUUUGGACUUCAGCUUCCCCCUCUGGAAAAACGAAGGCGUUGGACUAGAUGGUCUCUGAGGGCCCUUCUGUGACUCUUCCACACACACGUAAACACACACACUUUCUUGCCCACUCUGUGUUCAGAGACAACUCCCCCAGGGUGCCGGUCCUCCAUCGCCUCACGCGCCCUGGUACAAGUGCCCGUCUGCCCAUGCUGUGUUUGCUGAUGGCUCUAUUUCCAGUUCUUCCACCCCCCCAUGGGAGGGUUUCCGUCAGAAGCCCGGAGAACCCCCCUUUCACCAGCUGGGCCUUCCUGUGGUCUGGGGGUGUGGUAGAAGUGGUCACCAGAGGCAUGUGUCCAUUCACGCUGUGCUGCUUGUGCCUGUGUGUUCAGGUGUCUUGUACAGAUGUGUCUGCAUGUCAAUGGAAAGGUGUGGGCAGCUGUCCACUGUCCGCACAACACAAUACCCUCAGGGGACGUGGGCAUCCGCUGGGUCUCCCAAGUCAGCAGCCCUCCGAGGAUCCUGUCCACGUGCAUCCGGUUCAGGCUGGCUUGGGAGUGGUCUGGGGGGUGGGGGGGCACCUCCCCAGUUCUGCCUGUCACUAAGCACACUGUGUGUACAUCCCAUGUGCCCGUGGGUCUCUACACACGCUCCCAAAGCGCUCCAAGCGCGUCUACACUAUGUGUCUAUGCAUUCCCCCACCCUUCCCCAUCCAGCUCUCCCCUCUGCCUCCUCCACCCUUCUCCAGCCUGACCCGCAUCGAAGGACACGACGGAUGGACGGCCCCAGGCUCUCCUCACCGCCCCCCCCUCCGCUGUGCAGCCGUGUGCGUUGGCGUGUGUUUCCGUGUCGCUGGCGUGUCGCGUGAUGUAGCCGUGUUUGCUGACAUGAGCCCUUGCCUCCCCCCGCCCCCUCGUUUCUCCCGUUGGUUUCUAGAGCUCCUCUCAUCCUCUGCCCACCCCACCUCCCCAUCGUCCUCUGCCCCACGCAGAGCGAGGCCAGGGCGCCUGGGACGCCGGGGGUUGGGACCAGGACAUCUGGAUCCCGAGAAGGAGAGGGAUGCGGCAAGGGAGAGGCCUGAGGCCCGGGAACGCUGCCCAGAUCCUGGGCUGAUUCUGGUCUCGCCUCUUCGCCUCUCCUCCGGUCCCUCGAGGCUCCUCCCUCUCUCCUCCCCCCCCCCCCCCCCCCGCUCCAUUCCGCCCCCGGACGCAUCCUCACCAUCGGUGCCCAAGAAGCAAACGGAAAAAAAAAAAGGAAAAUAAUCAUCUUGACCCCACCCCCUAGCCUUGCAUGUCCCGUCCCGAGACCUUCCCACCCUGGGCCGGGCCGGGCCCCCACGGGAAAAAUAGCAAACGUCCAGCCAGCGGGUCA